AUGGCAAUACUUGCUUUCGUAACGCUUGACGUCUUCACUGAGACUCGCUUUGCUGGCAACCCUCUCGCGGUCGUCAAUGUCCCUAGCGGCCAUGACGUUACAAGUGAGCAAAUGCAGCUCAUCGCUCGAGAAUUUAACCUCUCGGAGACCGUCUUCAUCCACGAGCGCCACGAUGGCGACGACGGUGUACCUCAAUGGCGUGUUCGCAUAUUCAUUGUAGAUGCUGAACUUCCAUUUGCGGGCCACCCGACCAUUGGCACUGCAGUCUAUGCAUUGGGGACACUCGCCGGUGGCACUGAUAGAGGGAGACUACUCUGUAAUGCCGGGCCGAUAGACUUGCAAAUGCAUGAGCGCGUGGUUAGAGCUAAUAUCCCGCACAAUGUGCAUGUUCACACAGAGAAUGCCAUCAGUGCAGAGGAUAUCUUCAAGCUACAGCCAGCGCUGCGCGAGCAUGGUCCGCCGAAGGGUAUCGAUCUGGUCAGUCCGGUCAAGGGUAUGACUUUCAUCUGUGCCAAGCUCGGUAGCCUCGAAGCACUCGCCGCCGUAGAAGCCCGCGGCAUUGCGGCCAAUCCGAAGCUCGAUCAAGGCUGGGACACGGGGUUUGUAGGAACAUACUUUUACUGCAUGCAGUCCCCAGACGCGAAUACCAGGCACAUUCGCACCAGGAUGAUUGAAAGCACGAUGGAAGAUCCUGCUACUGGUAGUGCUGCCUGCGGACUCGGCGCGCUCCUUACCUUGAAGACAAGACAGAAAACAGUCAAGUUCGUCAUCACGCAAGGUGUUGAGAUGCGACGCAAGAGCGACAUCGGCGUCACCGUCACGCUGAAGGAUGGUUUGGAUGCCGUCGAGGAGAUCGAACUUAGCGGCUCCGCCGUACAGGUUAUGUCGGGCCAUGUGGACCUGAAAUAG